GACUUCCUGCCAUUGCAGUCGACCAUUUUUAACGGUUAAGAAUUAACGGUUGGACUACAUCUUCACACCGUGUUCCAAGCCAAUUAUACGAAAUAGAUUUUUACUCAAAAUUACUACAUCGCUUUAUGCUCAGGUAAGCUUAUUCUGUUAUGUUUUAAUACUCAUUUUAGCAUAAUACAAAUGAAUAAAACAAUGACAUCGAAAGAAUAAAAUAUAGUAAAACCGUAGCGGUAAUUUUAGGGAAUAAAAUACGAAACGUAGCGAUAUAUAAUUGUAUCCAAUUACUACAUAAUAUUUCUGUAAAGAUGCAAGGCUUCGUGGUCCUUCAAAAUUAUUGAAAUAUUUCAAAAAGGCGAAAAUUCAAGAUGAAUUUACAAUAAAUUUAAAGUGCUUUUGUAAUUCUGAGUUGUAUUGUGUAUACGGCAAUCCCUAGCUACGACGUUGAAAAAAAUUUCGAAACAAAAAAUAUAGAAAUUUUGAAAGCUUUCAUGGUGAAAAUACAUAUGGCAUUUCCCACCGAUACUAAAGUUUAGCAUUAGUGCAGUGAACCGGCUGUUAUGGCGUUUUGGUUUUCAUUGCCAUUGGUCUGAGGGCAAACAAAAGCCUGACAAAGUGUAUUGUAUUGAAAUCAUGAGUGGCGAUAAAAACAUAUGGAGCCACGAAUGACCACGUUUAUCUUGACAUGUUUGCUGGAUUGCUUUGUCCUAAAAUGACACGAGUAGUAUGUUUACACUUGGAAAAACGUGUGUCCUAUGCAUGAACAAAUACAUUAAGUUGUCAAGGAAAAUCUACGAGAUAAAUUAAGUACGAGGCAUAGCAAAAGUCUGACUCCUGAGAUGAGGAUGCAAUGUACAUGUUAUCAUUCAGAUCAGGAAGCUAAUAAUCAUUUCUCGUCUUGUUGGGAUCAUCCUACUCGGGCCUCUAUAUUUUUCUUCAAUUUUACAAUGCUAUGAAAUACUAGAUUUAGAGUCCUAGCUUUAAUUCUGAGAGCACAGAGCUCGUUUUGACUCAUAUUAGGUUUACGAUAAGUCCUGCAUGAAAACUAUAGAUCUUUGUUUAUACAUCAAAUCGCACGGUAUAGAUCAUAUCAAUUUAUAACAUUACUACAAAAUUGGCUUCGUAUUCUUUCUUAGUGUAUAGCCUUGAGAUUGCGUGCCGUUGUCUAACCAAAUUACUCUAACCGAGUCGUCAUACCGUCUGACCUGCACGAUAAGUUCCCAAGCAAAAAAGUUCAUAAUUAUGUAGAUUUACUGUUCACGAAUGCAUGUCUCAAGAAUUCACGAAAAGUGGUUCAAUUUUUUUUAAAAAAAUGGCGAAUCUCGAGUAGUUUUGUCAACCUCGAUCGUGCAAAGACUUUGGCAAUUAAUUUUAAACGAAGACGUUUAUAUAUUUUUUAAUAACCAAUGUCAUUUUAUUUUCGAUUUUGCCAAUAUUACCCAUGAUGCACUGUUCGUUUUGAAACGAUCUAUAACUUUACACAAAGAUCAGAGUGAUGGUGCACGCAAAUCAGCGUUAUAAACAACAAAACCGUCUCAUCGUGUUAAACUUACAACUGUAAUGUGGCAGUUCAACAAAUGAACGGCCCGACAUUACUGCAAGACUCAUAUCACAAGAUUACUUCGUGUUGAUGAGUCAUUAUUGUUAAAGGUCGCCUUGUGGCUAGCCACGCAGAAUAAAAUUAACUCCAUAUGUUUUCACAUUAAGAACUAAAAUUGUCUAAAACGUUAUUACCCCUGCUUAUUACCCCCUGGUAAUACAUCCCUUUGUCUCAGCGGGAACUAUGACCGUUUAUUCACAGAAAUGACGACAUGUCUAUUCAUAUUUACCUUUUAAAGUUGUUUUAAUUUCUAGAAUUAUUUUUCACUAUUCAAAUGAAUAUUACGUUAAAAUUUUAGAUCUGCCAAGUGGGAAGUUGCCGUGCAAGAGAUGUAAACACCGAAAAAGCCUGCAAGUUUUCUCUGAUAUCAAGACAAAUUGAAUAUUUGUGAGAGGAGAUAAUCAGGAUAUGUGAUGUAGUCACUUAACUAAUGUCACAGCCAGUAGUGGUAGGUUUAUAUUUCAACUAAAAUGUCACUGUUUGGAUUUAGUAUCAUUUGCUUCACUUACUUUAAAUUCUUUGUUUUGGCACUUUGCAUCGUAAUUUUCUUUCCGUCACUUUUGUUGUUAGCUUUCUGGGAGGAAGAGAAAAUAUUUUUCAAUUAUUUCAUCAAAUUGUAGAAACUGGACAGAAUACAUUACAUGACAUUCCUUCCAAUUCUAUUCUGUACAUAUAACUUAGCCAGAAUUUGCUAACUGUAAACCAUUGUAUUUUUACACUAAAGAUGGAUAAAUUAACUAUUAUAAUUCAAUUCCACUACAGUCUUUUUCAUUCUAUCCUACUUCAUUCACUUUUCAAUUUUCCCGUUCCAUUCUAAGCAACCCCCCCCCCCUGUAUUCUCUUUCAUUCAGUUCCUCCAGUUGUAUUGUGUUUCCACUUCAGAUCGGGGAGGGUGAGAAGAUUGUGACAGUUAUCUUGCUUCAAGGAGAACGACUCAACGUCAGAAUUCCGGUAAGCAUAAUCAGAGCAUGCUUAAUGACUGCCACUGGGGUUAAUUGUUACAGUUUUUGGAAAGCAUCUAUUCGAAACAAAGUCAGCUAAAGGGUAAUAUAAUUUCACGUUUAUCGUUCUUGUAGAAAAAUGCGAUCGGGCAAGAUUUAUUUAAUCAUGUCGUUAAACACGUCGCACUUCGAGAAACUUGGUAUUUUGGUCUUAUGAUCAUUAAAGGUAUUUAUUUCUUCACUCAAUAAUCAGAAUAAUUAGAAUACGUUCCAUUAAUUAAGGGUCUCAAUUCUUCAUUGAGUAAUUAGAACAAAUAUCAUUACAUGACUCAUGUUUGAUAUCAACUCGUUUUUGUAGAGUCAGAACAAGAAUUUGUUAAUUUAGAUGACAGAGUCUCUAAGCUGGCAAAAUUUGCCCCAAAUCUCUGGAGAGAUGAUGUAAGUAUUACGAUAAAAGUAAAUCAACAUUAUUUAUACAAGGUAGUCGCAUUCCCUCAAAGGCUGGUGUCAAAGAAGGUCUGCUGAAUGGUAAACUUUUUAUGUUUUAGAGUUCACGCAAUUCUUCUCUCAUGUUUACCAUGUUCUUCCGUGUGAAAUAUUACGUUGAGAAUAUCUGUCUGCUUAGGUAGGUCUAAAAUACCUCGAACUUGAUUUAUACUGGAUAGCUCUAACAGUUCUUAACUGUUCUCCCUAGAGGUCCAGCGAGUACCAGCUCUUAUUGAUCCAGUGUUGUUAUAGAACGGGUGCACAAUCCUUGAAACGCACUUUAUCUAAUUUUAAAAUUUUGUUUCUAGAGAACAAAUAACGCGGCAUCUUUACUACCUUCAACUGAGAAAAGACGUUUUAGAAGGAAAUGUUUAUGUCCAUGAAGAGACGGCUUUACUACUCGCCUCUUACGCUUUGCAAGCUGAGAUCAAUGAACCCAACACAGGCGGCCCAAGCUCGCUGUAUUUUGCACCAGAGAAAUAUCUACCUCAACGGGUGAGUGACAGCUGGUCUCAUACGUUGACUGGAAAGCGCAAGCUAUUGAUCAUUGAGCAAAUGAAGACAGCUAAAUAUUCCUACCUACCUUAUUUAUUCAGGCUAUUAUGAAACUGACUCCUGAGCAAAUACGUCAUCAGCUUCCCAAGAUGCAUCACUCUAAUCGUGGUUUGACGGACGCCCAGGCGGAAAUCGAAUUCUUAAAGGUACAUCCGGUUCUGUAAUGGAAAUGUACAAGCGCUGUGUUGGAUAGUUCUAUAUCAGUUCUGAAAAAUAGUGGUCCAGUGUUACUACAGGAGGAAAGCAGAAUACCUCGAGAAAACCGUUCCAAGUUCUACUAUUCUAAUUAAUGAUAAAAUUCUAAUUAAUUAUAUAAUUGUUCCAAGUUCUACUAUUCUAAUUAAUGAUAAAAUUCUAAUUAAUUAUAUAAUUGUUCCAAGUUCUACUAUUCUAAUUAAUGAUAAAAUUCUAAUUAAUUAUAUAAUUGUUCCAAGUUCUACUAUUCUAAUUAAUGAUAAAAUUCUAAUUAAUUAUAUAAUCGUUCCAAGUUCUACUAUUAAAUAAUGGAAAAUUUCUCAUUUGCAGGAAGCCCAAAAACUGCAGGAGUAUGGCGUUUUAUUUCACAAGGUUUCCAAGUUCAAGAAAGACAGAAGAGGUGGAUUUAGUCUUGGGAUAUGUGUCCGAGGAAUGCUGGUUUAUGAAGUACGUCAUUAUAUGGAGAAAUAUUAAACAUUACAAUAGAAAACAUGUUGGAUAAGAUUCUUUUUCUCCUUAAUUCUACAAGUAAAUAUUUUUCACUCUAGGAGCGAGGAUUCAUGAAAUCUCCCGUCUUCCGCCAUCCUUGGCAACACAUAAAGCGAAUGGCCUUUCACGUAAGACAACCAUGAUUAAUGAAUCAAUUAGAAAUAAUUCUAAUUAAAACUGUUCAUAAUUAAUUAAUCAUGUUUCUAAUUGAAAAUAAUCAAUUAAUUAUGAACAAUACUCAAGUUCUUUUCUUCCUAAAUUUUGUGAGAAGAAUGUCUUUCUUUUUAUUUUAGAAACGGAGAUUUUUUGUCGAGGCUCAGGGAACGAAAGAGACGGAAAAAAUUACGUUAUUCACAAGUGGAUAUAAACAGUAAGACGACUCCAUUGUAAUCUUGGAAUUCUCGAAUCACUGUAGUUUCUAAUUGAUUGACCUUCCCCUCUUGCAGAUCUCGGUAUCUCUUGCGCAUGUGCACAGACUUCUACAAAUUUCAAUGUACGAUGGAAUCAAGUUUAACUGAUCUUAGAGAUAAUCCCUCCAUUGACAGUAAGUAGUUUGAGUAUAUAAGAUUAAUACAGCGUUGAUAAUGUACUUCGUUACUCUAAAAGACUGUUUGUAGUUUUAUGCAAGAAUUUCAACCAAUUCUUAUGCACACUCAAUCGGGACAUUAAUGCUUCCCAAAGCUCAUAAUGAACAGAAAAAAUUAAAAAAAAAAAAACUGUAAAAAAGAUUGAUUUUCCUAUUCCAUAAGUGUAUAUUUUUUCGUCUCCUUUCAGCUCCAACAAAUUGUGUUGGCAACACAAACAACGGAAUUGAGAGAGACUCGACAGAUAGCACUCAGACCAAUGGAUCUGCUGUCAACCAUCUCUUGGUAUGCUCAUACUAUGCUAUACUACUCUAUCAAGGCAGCUCUUGCCAAAUACACUCCAGUGCAGUUAAUGAGAUGUGUCAUUUUUUUGUCAGGGCAAUAAUUACCAGAUCGAACUGAAUAAAGUGAACGGCAGUUUUGGUUUUAAUGUGAUGGUAAGAUGUGUUCUUUCUUUCAUUGUCUUGCGCACAGCACCAGGACAGCGCUAGCUUGCCUAGUAAGAUGACUUCUUACUAGGAUGAUUUCUUAGCUGUGCUUUUCUUCCCUAUGCGAGCUAACCUGCGUUUAUCUGGAGGUUUAUUCCUCACCGCCGCCCGCAAAUAAACGCCUGCUGUGCAGGUUAGCCGCGAGCAAGCGAAGAUAGCGCUGAAUAUGCCACAAACCACUCAUUAGCGCAAGUCAUGCAUCUUCACUCAUUCACUCUCACAGGGCGGAGUAGAAGAAGGAGGGAUUUUCUUAAAGUCUGUCACACCAAACGGUCCGGCGUCGAAAUCGGGAAAAAUGCUCGUGGGUAAGUUGGUCCAUUAUUCUAAUCGUUCCAACCAAUCGUUCUAAUCAUCAAUUUAGAUCAAUAAUUGAAUAUCUAAUCCGGUCGUUCUAAUCAUCAAUUUAGAUGAAUAAUUGACUUUGAAUGUUCUAAUCGUUUCAUCUAAUCCUGUCGUUCUAAUCAUCAAAUUAGAUGAAUAAUGGAAUUUGAUCGUUGAAUUCUGUAACAUCUACAUUGCCAUUGAACAAAAUUUCUCCGUUUGAAACUUACACUAAGGAAGACUAAUCUAAUAUAUUUAAGGUGACAAGCUCUUAGAAAUCAAUGGAAAAUCUAUAGGAGAUAAAAGCAGGCAAGAGGUAAUGUAUACUAUAUAUAAUAUAUUAAUAAAAUAAUGGGAAAUGCUACCAUUUAACGAUAUAAAAGUUGUUAUCCCCCUGAUUGCCUACAAAUAUCAAACCAGUAUCAAGAUGGGUGGUUUCACAUUGGACUUAUUCAGAUUGCUAAAUGCACACUGUAGUCUAUAUGACUGAGUCAAAAUAUUCAGAUUACAUUACAAUAAUUAUCAGUAUUCAUAGCAAAAUUUGUAAGUGACUUCAGACUGGUAUACAUUCACUUAAUAGUGAUGCUUCGUCCCAAAAUUUAAACUUAGAUCGUAGUCAACCUCAGAAAUUUUGAUAGUUACAGAAUGUAAAUAAACUCGAACCUGUUCAGACUUGUAUUGUUUGCGUAUAUCAUCAAAGAAAAUGAGCUGGUUAAUUGAAUGGCAGAAACUUACUGUAUUCAUCUUACUGUUUAAUGACUUUUCUCCCACACAAAUAAUAUUGUUAUGAUAAUUUUUUGUCCAAAAUCAUUAAAGUUUUGCCGGAACAUGUCAAAUCAUAAUAAUUUCUUAAAUAACGUGUAUGAACUCUACUUUGUAUCACACCUAAUUUCUUUCCGAUUGUUAGUUAGAUUAAAGACCAUCCUUUGACAUAUUUCUAUUGACAUAACUGCGAUUGUUUCUCAUUGAUCAGGUGGUGCAGUUACUGCGAAGUGGUCCCACUGCAGUCACGCUCAAGAUGCAAACUGGCGAUGCCUCGUCGCUUUCAUCUAUUGCUUCUCGAAACCGCAUCAGCAGUGCAUCGAACGAACAACUACCGCUAACGUUCCGAAAUAUCAAUAAUAUGAAGAGAUCUGAGAAAGAUGCACCGGUAAAGGAUUCUUAAAUCUUUGAAAUACUUAAAGCAAUAGUGUUGUCUGUGCCAGUGUAGGUAGUGGCAAUAAUAACAAAGCCGUGGAUAGGGAUACAAUGAAUUGAUACCGCUUUCUGAAAAGGUAUCAAUUUCCCGUGCGUAAUACAAAAUGACUGAAAAACGGCAAACUUCGCAAGGCUAUAUUAUCCGCAUUUUACAACAUUUCGCAACGAAACUUCGGAAUAUUACUAAUUUUGUGACGCUCUUUCAAGCUGUGAUAAAAUCUUUGUUUACACUUGUCUAAAUCAAAAUGUUGUUCAUUAGGUAAUAGGUCCAUUACCUAUCAAUCCGACUGAGCUUUGAGAACUACGAAGUUCUCCUUGUAUUUUUCAGGUAGUUGUAUCCCUAUCAAACCAAAGCUUUCUUGUUGCUGACAUAGCGCUUUGUUUAUGUGGCUUUCAUGCAUGCAAGAUUAUAAUUUUACCUCGUGAGUCCUUCCAGUUUGACUCUAUCAAAUAUCGUCGUAGGAAGAACAUUUUAGAAAUGAUUGCGCUGUCAAAGUAUUGUCCUAUUUAAUUAUUAAUAACCUUAUUUUUAUUACAGAUUUGCUUGACGGUUGAAUUGCCAAAACUGAACGGAAGUUUUGGGAUCAGUUUAACGGUAAAACAAAAUUUAGUUUAUCGAUCAUGUAAUCAAUAAUAGAUCAUGUAAUCAACUAUCGAUCAUGUAAUCAAUUAUCGAUCAUGUAAUCAAUUAUCGAUCAUGUAAUCAAUACACGCUUCCGGAAACAAUGUCACUUUGGGUAUAGAGCCUCGUUUUCGUGUAUAUGACAUUAGUUAAAGCCCAACGUCUCGAUGACGAAAUCGAGGCUCUAUAGCCAAGGUAUAUAUAUAUCUAGUAGGAAUGGUUAGGCAUCUUUCAUUCAAAUGUCAACUAUAUCUUUUAGGGCGGUCCUGAAAUUGGAGGUAUAUUUGUAAAAUCGCUACUUCCCGGAGGUGCCGCUGAACAGACUCGGUCAAUUCUCGUAGGUAUGGUCAUAGAUCAUUGUCUCACCAGUCUACAUUCUUACCAUAAGCAUACGAGAUAGGGGCAAGGGUGGGAGGCAACUGGCAACUUGAUUGAACGGGACAAACUAUUUUAAUUGUAGAUAAGUUACAUCUUUACCUUUUUGCUUUGAACUUAAUUGUUGAUAUUUCCAAUUUAUUUCAUUUUCAGGUGACCGAGUUCUAGAAAUCAACGGCAUGAAUUUAGAGCAAUAUAAUAGAAAACAAGCGGUGCAGUUGUUACGCGCAGCAUCACACACUGUAAGAUUCAUAUUGGAGCGAUAUAAAGGCGCUGGAGUACAACUCGACGAGAAGGCGAUGUCCAUUGAGCAGGAAAUAUUAAAAUCAUCGGUAUGGAAAGUUUCAUACACUUAACCCCAAAUCAAACGUGAGAGUGCAUGAGAGUUGACAGUCACGUGACCUUGCUUAGCUGUUCUUAAUGCUUUCCCAACACUAUCAUGUAUUGUAUUUAAAGUUGAUGUAAAGUCCGUUCUGCGCAUACGUUCUGCGCAUUCCAAUGGUCAGGACCCGAUGAUUGUAAUGUUGUUAAUAUUUCGCACCUUCCGAACUUUCUUGAAUCGAAUCUCUAGUCUGUAUUCAUUUACAAGCAUAGCGAACCAGAAGAGUGUUAAAAAAUUCAGUAUAUUAAUAUAUAUCCAAUCAUACUUUACAACUGUAGCACUGAGUUCAAAAUGUAAACAAAGCGUUUGUAUUACGGACUUUACGUUAAGUUAAAACAUAGUUGGAACAUUCAUCAAACCUUUAUUUUGUUAAUCUAGAGCUUGAAAUGUCCCAUGUAACAAUGCAUGACUGCCAGAGCUCUCAUUCUCGUCUGGCCGGGCCUUAGGCAAUGCUUCUUCAGAUAUCUUAAUGUACCAGCAGUUGAACCCUGGGUAAAGAUUAGAUUUUGCCACCAACAAGUCUUGUUACCUACCUUGUUUUAGUUAACAGAGUUUCCAUUCUCAUGUUUAAUAUGUAUUUAUCUGAUUUAAGCCAACCAACAUUCUGGUGGAGAUUGAAAAACAACAACAAAGUCUUGGUCUGAGUGUCGUGGUAAGUUCAACGAAACAUUUUCUUCUUCAUCAACUGCAUUCUGUGCCGUAGGUCCGCCUCAGAAUUUUCCCUAGCUUUAACGGCGUCUUUAGUGAUCGAGAAGGACUUGGCGAAAGUCCAUCUGUAACUGAGAUAAACAAGACAGAUAAAUAAAAGAAUACGUGAUACAACUUAGUCAAUUGAUUAGCAUUUUAACCAUUACACGUUGUUGAUAUUCUUCAUUCCAGGGUGGGGUAGAACUUGGUGGCAUCUACGUGAGAACAAUCAAUCCAAAUGGUGCAGCUGCAGCGGAUGGUCGAAUAUCAGUCGGUAAGCAAUACUGUACACCCCACAAGUACAUUUAGUGACUGUUUAAUGCAAGUCCUCGAAAAAGGUAAAAUUGAGGUCGGUGUCACUCAAAUAUAUAUUUUUUUCUUCGAAUCCAAAUCCAUGUUUUGCCGACUGGGAUUCAAUAUUUUGCAGACUACUUGAUGACUUGGGGGGGGGGGGGGUUGUACCUCCCCCCUAUAGCCCCAGUGCUUCUUCUUAGAUUUAUGUGAAUAUUUUUCGACAAUAGGUGAUCGUGUUUUAUGUGUGAAUGCUGUCAGUCUUAUUGGAGUUACGAGACAACAGGUAGGUCUCACACAACUCAACACAGAUCAUCACAUUGUGACGGAAGAUUUGCGAUUAAAAAGAACAAUUUUUCAUUAAAUCAUGUAACAUGAUUGUGACAUUUUAUUCUCAGGCUGUAGACGUGAUGAGAAGCGCGGGAAAAAGCGUGCGUAUGGUCGUGGAUAAAUGUGAACCUUCCUAUGACGCCAUGUCAGACUCGAUGACCAGCGUACGGAGUUCACAAACACUUGGUAAACAUAAAUUAUUAUUUGCUUGUGUGAUGUUACUCUGAGUGUAUAUCCACACCGGGCAGGCUUGAAAAAUAUGCCUGGCCACGGUGGGAUUCGAACCUACGACCUUUGGAAUGCUAGCCCAAUGCUCUGCCAACAGAUUUCCACUACCACCACCUCUCACAUGAUUAACACGCAUUUGAUUGGUUAAUUGGGUAGAAUAAAUUCAUCUGAUUGGUUGAUGAUAACGGUAGUGGAAUUCAAAAGCUGAACCUAUCUAUUGAGCAUCGAAAAUAAUACAAAUCACCUCGGAAAUAUUGGAGAAAUACACCGUUCCCAGAAAGUGCUGUCUUGGUCAUACGGCCUCGUUUUGAUGAUCGAGGUUAACUGGUUCAACACCGAGUUGAUUUACCACUUCAGCUCCUUCAAACAUUUCUUACAAAUCUUUCAAAACUUAGAAUUUACUCAUGCACAAUUCCUACUGUGAUCACAGAAAUUUUGAGAGUGCAAGCCAGGCAUUAACUAGAUAAAGGUCUCUAAAGCCGAUGUUUCAAUCAUCAAAACGAAAUUGAAUGGCCAAGGCGAAGUUAUUUUCGGUGGGUUACAGGGCAAAGUUGACACAGAAAUGUUCAUUCGUUUCAGACGAGACAGACAACGUUAGACAAGCUUUUGAAGUGAUCAUUCACAAGCAAGCGACAGGACUGGGGAUGAGUCUUGUUGGUGGUGGUCAACAUGGUAAGUUGUAAAAUUACCCUCCCCCCCCUGCAGAACUAUCGUUCUACCCUGUUUUUGCUAUUCUUUUCCUAGGUCCUAUAUGCAUCAAAAGUCUUAUCCCGGGGGGACCGUCUGCUAUGAGCGGAGCGUUGGAAGUUGGAGACAUUUUAUUACAAGUAAGGACGUCAAAAUAAUAUUUAUAAAUAAUAGAGGAUACACGGCGGCGCGAAGAUAUACGACUUUUAUCUUCGAGUGGUGAAAACAAUAUUUUUAACACGAGAAGAUAACAGUCAUAUCUUCAAGCCACCGUGUAAUGUUGUGUUUACUAUAUAGUCCCAAGCAAAAAAUUGUGAAAUUUCACGCUCAAAAGCAAAUUGGAGAAAGUCACGUGAUCGAUAUCUUCACUAGUAAAGAUAUGAAAAAUAUCUCACUGUGUAUUUUUCAGUAUCUCACUCUCUGCUCUAUAAUAAAUCUUCAUAUCUGAGGAAAUAUAACAGCUUUUGCAUCUUUUGACUUUUCUUUUUCAGGUAAAUGGAAAUAGUUUAGAACGAUUGACAUACAAGGUAUUGUUAGUUUUAAUAGUUCACUCAGUGUUACUUGGCUACAGAAAAAAUAUUGUUUUGAAAUCGUUUUUUUCUUAUAAUAUAAAUCACUGUCUGUUCUUUCUCAUAUAGGAAGCUCUAUCCAUCCUACGAAGUUGUCCCCCGGAGGUGCGCCUCCUGGUUCAGCGGCCACGAACAUCGAUACUUCAUAAUAGCUACAACGAACCGUGACAUCAAGAUGUGCCAUCAUUAACACAGCAUGAGGCUACGCUACGCAAACGAGACUCGAAUCAUUCUGGAGUGGGGGCGGUUGUAAGGUCUACCCAUAGAGUUUUUGCUAAGUUUUUCACUGAUCAAGAAAGCUGAAAGAAAACUGAUAAAAACUGCCUGCUUUCCCCACUUUUAAAAACAGAGUAUUUAUAAAAUAGUAGACUAUGCUAAGAUACUUCACUUAAAACUGUUUUCUGUGUGUUUUGUACACUUUAUUCACGACUGAUAGAGAGUUAAUUAUAGUUGUAUUAUUAUAACAAAAAAUAGUAGCGUUGCAUGUUAGAUGAUGUUUUGUAUACAUAGUUAUUAUUGGGAAUAAUCUCUUAUAAUUUGCAAGAAAUGAAUUAAAAUCAACAGAAAAAUUAAGCUCAUUUAACAAUUACCAUAGUCAAUAGAAUAUAUAAGAAGGUCAGGAAACUCGAUGCAAACGUAAUAGACCUCAUUAUCGAUGUUUUUGCCUUGGUUUAUGCAGGAAAUGGUUGGUUUAUUUACCUAGUUGUGAUAUUACUGGUUAAAUUAAAAACGUAGCUAUUAAUUGGUUGAUCUGGCAAAAAUACACGUGAUGAGCCGACCAUUUCCAGGGUGUUAGCCACUGUAAAAAAUUCCGUGUUAAACACAGUUUUCCCAAUUACCUUGAGGUCGCAAUUUCCCAAUUUGGGUCAGCCAAAAAAUAGUUAUAGAAAUUCAAUGUUGUUAAUACGCCAUUAUUUAAAAACAUGUUUAUUACUACAUUUGCUCAAAAUUACUCCCAAAAUGCGGGAAAUGCCAUUUCAGAGACACAAAAAUUUUAAAAAUCGAGAGGAUGCAACCGCAUGCCCCCAAAAUAAAUUUCCCAAUUUCAGGUAAACACAGAUUUUUUUUACUUCUGGCUAACACCCUGAUUUCUUGCAUAAACUAAGUCAAAAACAUAGAUAAGGAGGUCUAGGAUUAUGGUCUGUAUCGAGUUUGCAUGAUACAAUCUGCCAUAUUGUUCUACUUAUUAGAUUGUCAUAAUUUAAAUUUUCCAGACUUAUUCAGGUGGUAGUGCUCCUUUAACAAGAAUAAUGUUCCCAUACAAGGCUGUCUCUCUACAAGAGAAACACAAAA